AUGAAUUGGACUGUCUGGGCAUCGGUGCCUGUCCUUAUUUUCGUUUUCUGGAUGUAUACCAGCACCCUCGGCGCAUCAUUUCCCACAUUGCAAAACAAACGCAUACUACUGCUGAUAGCGCAUCCUGACGAUGAGGCCAUGUUCUUUGCACCGACUUUACUCGCAUUGACGCGUCCAGAACGCGGGAAUCACGUCAAGAUACUGUGUUUGAGUAGCGGGGAUGCCGAUGGUCUGGGCGAGAUUCGCAAGAAAGAGCUGGUCAAAAGUGGGCUGCAGCUGGGAAUCGGAAGCAAGGAGGACAUUCUCGUCGUGGAAGACAAGAACUUCCCAGACUCCAUGACAGUAACAUGGCACCCUCGUCUAAUCUCCAAUCUACUUACCACCGCCUUCGCUCCAAACAUGACAUCAAUCUCUUCCAAGGAGGCACCGCAGGCGACCGUCGACGCUAUAAUCACAUUUGACGCACACGGCGUCUCCGACCACCCCAAUCACAAAUCGCUCCACGACGGAGCGCAUACAUUUCUAAAGGCACUUAUGCACCGACACAGUGGGUGGGAGUGCCCUGUCAAGUUGUACACCCUCACCACUACCUCCAUAUUCCGUAAAUAUCUUAGCUUGUUGGAUGCGCCCAUUACAAUCAUUGGCGCAGUCGUCCGAAAGAAGGAGCUCGGAGGCUUUCCCACUCCACUCUUAUUCGUCAGCUCACCGGUCGGUUACAGGACUGCUCAGAAAGCCAUGACCACGGCACAUGAAAGUCAAAUGCGCUGGUUCCGUUGGGGCUGGAUUUCCCUGUCGCGCUACAUGGUACUCAACGACUUGAAGAAGGAAAAGACUGCGGCUUGCUUUUCCAGCUCGCGUUCUGCGUAUAUUGCGCAGCAGGCAGCAAAGUGCGCCGGCGAAGAAACCCACAGCAACCGAAAAGUGUCAACCAAGAACCGCUCUCAAAAGCCUGUCCCACGUGCACAAGGUCUGCAUACCAUGUCUUCUCCGCCUGUACUUCGCCUGCCCGUUGAGCUUCACCUAGAAAUAGUCAGUCUUCUCGACCUAAGCAGCAAAGUCAAUCUGGCUUUUACGACUCGCUAUUUCAAAUCUAUCAUUCCCCCACCGACGCAUGUCGAGUUCCUGGCUGCCGAAGGAACUACUUGGGCAAAAGCCAGACAGCUCUAUACCUGCAAAGGCUGCAUCCGCUUCCACCAUUGGAAAAACUUCGCCGAUGACAUGAGAAAAGGGAAGUGGUGUCGCAGUGGCACACAGGCACAUGCAAGAUUCUGUCUCAAAUGCGGGGUAAGAGAUGCGCUGUACGCCCCAGGCACACUGCUUACAAUCUGCAAUCGGGUCAAUGUGCUGUGCAGUCUCUGCGAAAUCCUCACAGAUCAGAUUGGCGAUCGUGAUGGUAGGUGUGCUGCUUGUUCUCCGGGCCCAUCGCGCAAUCGCAACUGUGGCUACUUCAACAACGAUGAUGACGAUGACUGGAGGCCAGAACGUGCGUCUGAUCGAAAUCACCUACGAGAUAUGUACGACUGGUCUGAAGAGGGACGCCUUCACAGGUACUAA